UAGGGCGGGGGGUGCUAGGAGUCGCAUGCCUGUGUGUGUGAAUGUGUACGUGUGUGUGUGUGUGUGUGUGUGUGUGAAGCAUUUCGGAUUGGAGAUGCAGAAAGAAAGGGCAGUUUCAAGGAAGUGACGGACGAGGCUCAGGGGACUGGUCAAAGGAAGUUUGCUUGAUGGUGGUACUGUGCUGCUGAACGAAACUUUCCCCCCUUGAGCAGCAGCGGCACCGUGGAUCGGGACGGACGGAUCCAGCGGCGGAGGGAGCUUUUGUUUCCUCGCCACACGAGUAGCACUGAGGAAUAACUUGAGAUCGGGAGAAGACUGGGAUCGCAGAAGAAUUUUACUCCGGCAACCAAGCCCCCCUUUCUCUUCUCUUCCCCGCGCCUCCUCUGAUUUAUUCUGGGAUCCGCGAUGGGGAAGGAGCAGGAACUUCUGGAAGCGGCGCGCACGGGAAACCUGGCCGCCGUGGAGAAGCUUUUAUCCGGGAAACGACAGUCCGCUGGCACUAGCAGCGGUUCGUCUGGGACCGGGGGAAGCGGCACCAGCAGCGGACACGGAGCCUCCUCUCAUACCCUCUCCAGUCUGCUCAGUAUCUGGAGAGGCCCCAAUGUGAAUUGUGUGGACAGCACUGGAUACUCCCCUCUCCACCACGCCGCCCUCAACGGACACAGCGAGGUGGUGGAGACGCUGCUACGAAACGAGGCCUUGACCAACAUCGCCGACAAUAAGGGCUGCUACCCCCUCCACCUGGCUGCGUGGAAGGGGGAUGAACAUAUCGUCAAACUGCUCAUCCACCAAGGACCUUCACAUCCAAAACUCAAUGAGCAGAGCUCUGUAGACCAUAAAGAGUUCAAACGCUGUGGGCCCUUUGACCCAUAUAUUAAUGCCAAGAACAAUGACAACGAGACGCCGCUGCACUGUGCCGCUCAGUACGGACACACCCGGGUGGUGCAGAUGCUGCUGGAAGAGCUGACGGACCCCACCAUGAGGAACAACAAGUUUGAGACCCCACUGGACCUGGCUGCGCUGUACGGCCGUCUGGAGGUGGUGAAGCUGCUGCUCACUGCCCACCCCAACCUGCUCAGCUGUAACACCAAGAAACACACGCCGCUGCACCUGGCCUCCCGUAACGGACACCUGUCUGUGGUGGAGGUGCUGCUGGACGCCGGCAUGGACAUCAACUAUGAGACAGAGAAAGGCAGUGCCCUCCACGAAGCUGCAUUGUUUGGGAAGACAGAUGUGGUACAAAGACUUCUCAGUGCAGGUAUCGACGUGAACAUCACCGAUCAGAAGGGCCUGACAGCGCUGGACACUGUCAAGGACAUGCCCUCCCAGAAGAGCAGACAGAUAGCUGCUCUCAUCCUAGGUCACAUGACUGGAAAACCCCCUGACAUUGACCUCCCCCCUCCACCAAUCCCUCCGCCUCAUGAGAGUCCCUGCCCCCGUAAAAAGAGUGAAAUGGACAAGGUGAGUGAGCUGAUCUCUGGGCUGGCCCCGGGGCCCGAGGAGGAGAGUCCGUACGAGGCUCUGUUUGAAGCCACUUCCUGUCACUCUCUGGACAGCCUCACCAGCGGCAAGUCUUCUGACCGGGACUCUGGGCGGCCGGACAGUGAAGCUGGCAAGAAAGAUCGCUUGGGCCACUCGUUACAUCCUUGUCCGGGUCAUGAAGAAGAGGCCCUGUAUACUAACAGCAGUAUUGAUGAGAGAGGCGAGCCGGUGGAGGAGGAUCACACGUAUGAGUUGCUGCUGACCGCUCAGACCAAGCACGCAUCGCCCUGCCAGGAGUCCCAAUCCAAUAAAGAUGAGAACACCACUACACAGUCUUCCAACAGUGUCCUACCUCAGCGUAAACCCUCUGCCCCAAACGACCUCAGAGCCCAGAGCAAGACGAAAGACACCCUGCACCCUCCCGGACGGUCGAGCCCACGGACACCAGGAGAUAACUCCCAGCUCAGCGAGGAUCCGGAGGCAGGUGUCCUGGAGCAGUUCACUGGCCUCCUGCACGGAUCCUCCCCUGUGUUCGACAGCCGCGAGGAGCCCUUCAGACUUCCAGGUAUCGUGCCAUCCAACCAGAGCCAGCCAGAAUCAAAGAAAUCUGCCAAAGUAAAGGGCGAAGUAGCCGCGGCUUCACCUAGCCGUCCCAGUAUGGCCGCCAUCCUGACAGACUGUGACCCCAAAGCAAUUUAUGCAACUGUGAAUAAGGAGCCCAGAGACUUCGGGGCAGGGUCUUCUGUUAGGAUGCGCCCCCCCGGGGACCUGAAGCUGGCACGCAGCCUCUCCAAGUCGGACUCGGACCUGCUCGUGUCGCCCCCUAAUGAGGAGGACGGAGGAUUGGGAAACCGCAGCGAGUCGGUUUCCAACUGUAGCACUGGCAAAAAGAGACUCGAGAAAUCUCCCUCUUUCACCUCAGAAUGGGACGAGCAGAAACCUACGACUUCUUCCACCACCAAACACAGAAGAUCUAAUUCCGUUGACAGCAUCGAGAAGAUCAUGACACUGAUUGGUGCUGGCAUCGAUUUUUCCAGGGAUCAGCAAUAUGCUACACCAGCAGGUGCUGCAGGCCGGCUGCUGGAGCAGCCUGUGGGCGACUGGCUGGAGCACGUGGGGCUGCCGCAGUACGAGAGCAAGCUCCUGCUCAAUGGCUUCGACGACCUGCACUACAUGGGGAGCAAUGUGAUGGAGGACCAGGACUUGAGAGAGAUUGGGAUCACAGACCCGAGCCACAGGAAGAAGGUCCUGCACGCGGCACGGUCAUUACCUAAAGUGAAAGCUCUGGGCUGUGACGGCAGCGGCUCCAUCUCCACCUGGCUGGAGAACAUGGGUCUGCACGAGUACUUGCACAACUUCCUGACCAGCGGCUACCGCACUCUGGACUGUGUCAAAAACCUGUGGGAGCUGGAGAUCGUCAAUGUGCUAAAGAUCUCCCUACUUGGUCACAGAAAACGCAUCAUUGCUUCGUUAGCGGAGAGGCCGUACGAGGAACCUCCAGUCAAGCCUCCCCGUUUGUCUCAGAUCAGGUGCCAAGACCUGCCCGGAUCCUCCUCCCCCCUCAGUCAGAUGGACCCCUACACAGGACGCUCAAUGGACCCUCUGCUGCCAGUAGGAGAGCCUGGGAGGAAAAAAGUGCCAGAAAGUGACUACGACGCCCAAAGAUAUCAGAGCGAUCGACACCGAUCACAUGAUCGGUAUGAUGAGCGGCUUCGAGAGCCCCGUCUGACCCUGCGGCCGCCGAGCCUGGCCACCCCGUACGCCCCGGUGCAGAACUGGCACCAUCAACCUGAGAAACUCAUCUUUGAGUCCUGCGCUUACGAAGCCAGUUACCUCGGCUCCAUGCUUAUUAAGGAGCUACGAGGUACAGAGUCCACGCAGGAUGCCUGUGCCAAAAUGCGGAGGUCGACAGAACAAAUGAGAAAAGUCCCCACCAUCGUCCUGUCCAUCACUUAUAAGGGUGUGAAGUUCAUUGAUGCAGCCAAUAAGAACAUCAUCGCAGAACAUGAGAUCCGGAAUAUUUCAUGUGCAGCCCAGGACCCUGAGGACUUGUGCACGUUUGCCUACAUCACCAAGGACCUGCAAACCAACCACCACUACUGCCAUGUGUUCAGCACAGUCGACGUGAAUCUGACCUAUGAGAUCAUCCUGACGCUGGGCCAGGCGUUCGAGGUGGCCUAUCAGCUGGCUCUGCAGGCCCAGAGGACCAAACAGCCCCAGAGCCUCCCCGUGGGCCCCGGCUCAGAGCUCAUCGAGACCAAGUCCAGCCGACCUGUACCAAAACCACGAGGCAGCGUACGGAAGUCAGGGGGGGACAUCGCAGAGCAGGAGGGGGAUUCUCACUCCCAGGGCAGUGCCACGUGGCUCGUGGACCCCAAGGAAUCCAAGCGCACUAUCAGCACUAACUGAACACUGUGGCCACUCCCAGCCAAUAAGAAAGGACAGGCAUGAGCCCUGUUGCAUUGUGGGUAGGAUGUUUUGGUGGAAAAAUGACCCACUCCCCAUGCGGCAGAAUCACAUCACCACUUGGAAUCGAGCUCAGCACUGUAACACACGGCCUGGAGACACAGACGUAAACACUGCAGAUCAGCUGACAUCCCCGACUUCAUCACACACACACACACACACACACACACACACACACACACACACACACACACACACACACACACACACACACACACACACACACACACACACACACACACACACACACACACACACACACACACACACACACACACACACACACACACACACACACACACACACACACCAUUUAUCUUAAUCGGAAAGUGAUGGAGUCAGAUGUUAGUGUUGCUUUUGCAUUACCUGAGAUUAAUUGAGGGUUGAUGUUCUCUCUUUGAGGAAAUGUACCUGCUGCAAUGUCACAAUGCAGAACUGGUAGUAAAAGGGGAAGUGGCGGAGAUCGGGAACAUUGUCCUGUGUUAUGAAACAAAGGUACGAACUACCAGACAGACUCCUCACUCUGACGGUACACAGUCCUUCCUGGGUCAUUUGUCCACACAUUGUAGCGUCUUUUUAUGACUGUCAUCCACACAUACAUGUAUAACUGUGAUAAACAAUGUAAUCUUGCACGGGAGGAACUCUAACCAAACUCAAAAGGCAGAGGAACUGACACUACAACGACUGUUUUAUAAUAAUAAUAAUAUAACGGGGGUGGCUUUUAUAUGAUUUGAACGUUUUUCUGUAUGUUUUAAUUGUUUUAGAGGACAAUAAUAUGUCCUAAUGCUGGAACUGGAUCGGCUGUGGUUCACUGCUGCUCCCUCUCUCCUUCCCUGCUCCUUUGUUCAGUUAAUCCAGACAAGAUUAAUCACCAAACCUGCCAUGCAGCCUGGUAUGUCUUCAGUUUUAAGAUGCAGAAAAGAACAAUAGGGCACAGCAUGUUUCUCCUAGCUCUCUCCCAGUGUGUUGACUGUUAAUGCUACUUUUUGUUCAGCAGAUAAAUAUAUGGGUACAUGGUCUGGUCCUUUUUGAUUUAACUGUUGUAUAUGUGGUACGUUGUCAGGCCAGUACGAUAACUCUAUGGUACUCUACUGUCUUCAGCUCGCUGGUGUCGGCACCUUCGGCCAUCAGCCUGGUCCCGUUCUGCUUUUGCACAUUGUUUAGGGAUCAGGAGAGAUAUUUCGGGACUAAUCUGAUGACAACAAUGCUGAGAAUGAUAUUGUAAAUGAGUUCUAGCGGUCUGUAUUUUGAUACUUGAAUGAUUUUUGCUUUUAUAGAUAUCUAUAUAUAUGUAUAUGUAUGUAUGUAAUUUUUGACGUUUGUCAAAAGAGAGAAAAGGACUAUGUCUUAUAAAGUUAAACAUAUCGUGAAUAAAUACCCUGUGAUUUAAGAAAAAAAAAAGGCUGAGAAAACAAAGACUCAGAAGAGGGACCUCACUUCAGAAAAAAAAGAUUGUAAAUAAUCUCGGGCUUCCAGUCUUUUUUAUGAUUAUUUUUCAUAAUUGUACAACUAAUAAAUGGCGAAAUUAGAAAAA